AUGUUUUGUUCAUCUUUCUACUUGGAAUUGGUAAUAGUAGUGACCAGAACUGUCCUGGGUCAUCCAUACACCUUCGUUCUCCCGGGAAGCUAUGAAAUUGUCUACCAGAUCUUAGAAACAGACGCGACUUACAUCCAUAUUACUGCAUCGAAAGAAGUUGAAUGGUUUUCGCUUGCCGAGGAACAAAAGACCUCGAAUUCCAGCAGCUUGGCCGCCUCAAACGCAAUCUUUUUGUCGCUCAAAGAACAAAAUCAUGCUCAGGCCGGGCCUAAGCUUCCCAAUUGUGAAAUUAUCCCUGGUCAACGUUCUUUCCAUAAUGGAUUGGUGCAGGCGACGAUGCGCUGCAAUGACUAUCCGAUCAUGGACAGACUGGAGACUUUCCUCUGGGCAUACGAAGCCGAAGGUACCGUUUUCUCGGGCCCAAUCCAAGUGCUUGAAGGCCACAAUUUUGACUGUUUUGUUAUGACUGGACGUGACAAUCUGCGGCGAGUGGUGCGAUCAACCGCCUCUCAGUCUUCAUCCUCGGGGUUUGCGGACAUGGCUUCUUUGAUGGCAAAGUAUGACAGAUUGCUGAAAAUCAGAUAA